UGAUGUUGCUGAACGGCGGUGUCAUAAUUUUAAUUUUGACACUUAGAAGUAUUUUCAUUUGUGACGCAGAACAAGUACAAGAAGAACAAGUAGAGGAAAGUACUACUGACACUACUGUCAAAAGUAUAGAUAAAAUUACAAUUCAAGUAGAGGAAAGUACUACUGUCAAAAGUACAGAUAAAAUUACAAUUGAUUCGUCAGAUGAACCUGAACGCCAUGGAGAUAAUUUACCACGGAAAAUCUCAUCAAGAAGGCCCCCCACUUCAUAUGACGUACAGACAAGCGAUCUUUACUUACUGAAAUUGUUUCGACUGUCUUCUGAAUUUAGUAAAGCGGACAUAGAAUUUUGUCCAGUUCUGCUAGUUCACGGGAUGUACCAGUCUUCGGAUAGAUUUCUUGCACAAAAAGAGGACCAGAAUCUAGCUCACAAACUGCAGGAUCUUGGGUACGAUGUAUGGCUCUUUAACGCCCGUGGCAACAGAUAUAGCCGAAGACACAUAACAUUAGACCCAGACAAGGAAUCCCAAAAAUUCUCAAAUUAUUCAUUCGAGGAAAUCGGCUAUUUCGACCUCGCUGCCUCAGUAGACUUUAUACUAAGCAGAACAGGGUUCAAAAAACUGCACUACAUCAGUUAUGGGUUGGGCGGAACAUUCUUUUUAGUCCUAAAUUCGUUGUUGCCGAUGUACAAUGAAAGAUUUGAUAGGGCGUUUCUGAUGGCCCCAAUCGCUUUAAGCGGUGAAAUGCGGAACACCGCUCUUAGAAAGGAGUUAAUAAAUCACAAAAUACUUUAUAGAGACCUUAAAGAAGCUAAAGUUUAUGAAAUAUUUCCAUAUGACUACGAAAAAGAAAAAGUGCAAUUCGUUUCAACAAUGUGCUUGGGUUCAGAAAAAUAUGAAGCCAUUUGCAAGGAAAUUAACGUUCAGGGAAUGUUGGGUAUACAUCAUUACAAUAAUUCGAAAGUAGCAACAAGAGGUGGAUCUACCAAGACUUUAAUUCACUGGGCACAAAACAUAGACAAGAAAGACUUUCGUCGCUUUGAUUACGUAUCAGCAAACCGAGACGUCUAUGGAAAAAGAGGAGAUGCUCCUUCAUACGAUUUUACAGCUGUUACUGUUCGCACUACAUUAAUAUAUACGCCAACUGACGAAAUGAUCGCAGAACAUGACAUUAAGGAAUUGGCAAAGAGAAUGAUUAAUGCUAAUAUCAGAAAAGUGGAGAGACCGAAUUUUAAACAUGAUGACUUUAUGGACGGUCCAGAUGUAAUGCAUGACGUUUAUAAUACUAUUAUAGAAUAUUUACCGGAAAAUAAAAAGUACGUCACAGAAAAAGAAGAGAAGAAAGCUGACAAGUUCCCUUGGUGGAUUGGACUUAUAAUAUUUGGUGUUGCGCUUGCCAUUGUCGUAUACUUUUUUGCAUAUAGAUAGAGAUUUUUAGUCGAACCACACAUUAAAUAUAUUACGAAGAUCAUACCAUCCCAUACAUUAAAAUGCGACUGCCUAAGAACGCGCA